GGGUAAAUUCAGAGGUCAUGAACUUGAUGCCAAUCACCACCAAUCAACAACCGUCACCAGGAUGUACAAACCAUGAAGCAUGCAGCGCCACCAUGUGUUUAAAUGGAGGUACCUGCGUGGAUGUCUGGACGAGAAAGUAUUGUAAAUGUAGACCAGGUUAUUCAGGAGAGAACUGUCAGUUUCAGAACAUGGCUCAUUUUACACCCAGUUCUAUGCUUCAUUUCUCUGGAGGGUCCGAAGUCUUGGAGAUAUCAUUUUGGAUGUCAACUAGAAAUGAUUCUGGAAUUAUUCUCUAUACGAUGACAUCUGAUAUAAUUGCAUUAAUGAUAGACGACGGUCAGAUACGACUCCACCUGGUGUCAAGUAAUACAGAUUAUAUUAGUCGCGUUAGUCAGAAUAUCAAUAAUGGUGACUGGUACUAUAUCAGUUUAACAUUAACUGGUGGACGCUACAGAUUGCAAGUAUCAACAGAAACUGGAGUAUAUGGAACGGCAACAGGAACUGUAGGAAAUCUGUUGUUGGUUACUAUGCCAAUAUUUUUUGGAAAGUUUCAUGAUCAUCCUGCCGUUGACAAAUGGAGAGAACGUCCACAAAAACCUCCAACAUUUAAUGGUUUUGAUGGAUGUCUUCGUGAUUUGGCAGUCAACUAUAAUCCUGUUGAUCUCAGCACCAAUAAAAUAUCUGUCUUCGGUAACGAUCCCGACAAACCAUCUCCUGGUUGUCCACGUGAAGAGAAUUGUAGCCCCUCCCCAUGUAGAAAUGAAGGUGUGUGUAUAUCAAAAUGGGAAGGGCCAACCUGUCAAUGUCCCAUCAAUUAUCGUGGUACAAACUGCACUGAAGCGUCUGCCUCAACGUUUAAUGGUACAACAAGUUUUGCUCAUUUAGAGAUAAAUAGGAUAAUAUUUCCAUUUGGUGAGGAAAUAGCUGUACAGUUUCGUACACGACAACAAACUUCUACCCUAAUGUUAAUAGAAUUUACGACAUCAGAUAAUAGAAGAUUUACUCUGGAGAUUGGUCUGUUUAAAGGUUUACCUCAAAUAUUCUCUUCAUUCAGUUCAGAAACUGUGACAUUCAGUACAAGUUUAUCAGAUGGUUUGUGGCAUUAUAUUUAUAUAAAGAAAGAUGGUGAAGACUUGAAGAUUAGCGUUGAUGAAGAAAGUCAACGUCUAUUGGCACGAUUUACACCCUAUGAUAAAAUCUAUAAUAAUACUAUUUCUGUUUUUAUUGGUGCCAAACCGUUCACACCAGGUGAUACCAACCUUCUGAUUGGCCACUUUAAGGGAUGUUUACGAGACGUUUCCUUCAACAAAGUCAAUAUAAACUAUCUCACUGGCCAUUCUGUUCAGCCAGGUGUCGUUGCUAUGGAUACUGAUAUAUCAUCUGGUUGCCAAGGAGAUGAUGUCUGUUCUUUGAAUCCAUGUAAAUCCAAUUCAGAAUGCGUCGACACGUGGAACAGUUACACAUGUCCGUGCUCCAAGGGGUGGACUGGGGUAAAUUGUUCAGACAGUAUUGAUGACUGUAUUGGUAAUAACUGUCAAAAUGGUGCUCCCUGCGUCGAUGGUCACAAUAGUUACUCCUGCAACUGUACGGCUGGAUUUGGGGGACAGUUUUGCAUUGAUCGUGUGACCCCCUGUGACUCAAACCCAUGUGACCCUGCGAACACCAAUCAGUGUUUAGUAUCGGGUUUAAACUUUACAUGUUUGUGUAAUCCAGGUUUUACUGGACAAAACUGUUCAGAAAAUUUCAACGAAUGUUUAUCGAAACCGUGUGAAAAUGGCGGAAAUUGUACAGAUUUGAUAAACGCGUAUAAAUGUGAAUGUCCAUCCAGCCAUUUUGGCGAUAAUUGUCAAUUUCGUUAUGUCUGUUCUUCCAGUCCAUGUUUUAAUGGAGGACGUUGCCAAGCAACUGAAGAUAACUCUAACUAUACUUGUGGUUGUUCUGAUCAAUAUAUAGGUCAUCAGUGUGAAUCGUUCAAUUAUUGUAAGAAUAAUUUGUGUAUCAAUAAUUCAACUUGCAUUUUAACGAAUUCUACUUACACCUGUCAGUGCUCCUCUGGUUUUUACGGAGUUUAUUGCCAAUUUAAGGAUUUCUGUUUCAGCUCUCCUUGUAAAAAUAGCGGAGAGUGUCGAAACGAUCGCGAUUCGUAUCGUUGUGAAUGUUCUGUAUUCAGUACUGGCAAGAAUUGCGAGACUAUUAUUAACCAGUGUGCGUUUAAUCCAUGCCUUAACGGUGCCCUCUGUUACUUCAAUUCAACGCUACCAGCAGGAACCUAUCAAUGCAUAUGUCUGCCAGGAUUUUCCGGCGAUCGUUGUGAGGUCGAUGUUGACGAAUGUUCUUCCAAUCCAUGUCUCAAUGGUGGACAAUGUACCGAUAGCUCAAAACAACCAACUGAAAAAUUUUAUGUCGGUUUUCGUUGUAGUUGCCCGUCUGGUUACACAGGACAACGUUGUGAAACUAAUAUUAAUGAUUGUGUGAGUCUUCCAUGUUUGAACAAUGGUAUUUGUCGAGACCUGGUGAAUGGAUAUCGUUGCGAAUGUGCUCGGGGCUAUGACGGAACAAGAUGUGAAUUUGAUAUUCGAUUGUGCGCUUCGUCCCCGUGUCAAAAUGGCGCCACGUGUAGAAAUACUUCUUCCUUGAGCUUCCAGUGUGAUUGUUUAUCAGGUUUUACUGGACGAUUGUGUCAAACAAAUAUAGAUGACUGUGCUGGUAACACAUGUAAAAAUGGUGCGGCAUGUUCGGAUGGUAUAAAUCAGUAUUCGUGUAAUUGUCUUCCAGGAUAUACGGGAACACGAUGUGAAAGCAUAGCAGACGCUUGUUUUAGUCAGCCAUGUUUUAAUAAUGGAAAAUGUAACUAUCAAGGCGUCUGCUCUUGUCAUGACGUUGUUUCGACGUGCGGAUGGCACAAUGAAACAUGUCAACGAGCGAUGUGUGCUACACGUUCCGAAUGUUCGAUAAGAGCUUUAUCUUACGACUGUGAUUGUACAAGUAUUGGAUAUAGAGGGAGCCAGUGUGAACAAGACAUUGACGAGUGUUCAGACUCAACUACAUGUAAUAAUAAAGGAGUGUGUAGGAAUACGUUAGGAGGUUUUACUUGUGAUUGUAUGAACACAGGGUUUACAGGGUCAACAUGUCAGACAGACGUCAACGAAUGUUCCAAUUCAAGCGUGUGUUUUAAUGGAGGUGUUUGUGAGAAUCAACUUGGUUCGUUUCGCUGUGUUUGUCCGUCUGGCUGGACAGGUCAGACGUGUGGAGAAAACAUCAAUGACUGUCAAUCAAACCCUUGUCAAAAUAACGCAACAUGCGUAGACUUGAUGAACCAGUUUAUCUGUGAUUGCGGCGGGACUGGUUUCACGGGUGAACAAUGUCAGUCAAACGUCAAUAAUUGUGUCAAUCACAUGUGUGGUAAUGGCGGACUUUGUGAGGACGGGAUUAAUGGAUAUUUCUGCAAUUGCUCAAGGACUGGCUACAGCGGAAACUUUUGUCAGACUCCUAUAAACGAGUGUGUUGGUGUACCGUGUAAAAACAACGGUACAUGUCUGGAUAAAUUAGGCUAUUAUGAUUGUGAUUGUAGUAAGACUGGUUAUUCUGGUCUAACCUGUGAUGUUGACAUUAAUGAGUGUAAUGAUGGUAGUCACGGUUGUAAAGAUGGAUCAACGUGUGUAAAUAAAGAAGGGAAUUAUACAUGUCAAUGUGAUGCAUUGCAUAUAGGUGUUUUAUGUGAAGAAUCUGCAGCAGGACAAGAUGGUGAAGCACCAAAUAACAACGCAAUAAUAAUUGCUAGUAUACUUAUUGUAUUAAUUCUAGUAUUAUUAGUUUUAAUAUACGCGGUAUGGUAUACUAAACGUAAACGACGUCGUCAGGGACGAUAUAAACCAGCGAAAGCAGAACAGUCCAUGAACAACGAAAUCCCCAUGGAUAAAAUGAUUGACGCUAGUAAUGGAGAAAUAUUGAUAUGAAACUGAUUAUGUGAAUGGCAUAUAAAAAUAUUGUCGCAUUAACCCAACAGGAGGAAAUGUUUCUGUCUGUCUUUGAUUGGUUGAAAAGUUCUGUCUGUUUUCCAUUGGCUGAAAAGAUGUUACAGGAAAUAUAUUUUCACACAGUUGACUCUGCAUGCUACAAGGAGCAGCCAAGGAAAAAAAAGGUCAAAUUCAAACUAGCCUCUUUUAACCAGGCACAUAUUGGUAACACCAAUGGUUGUAUCAGACAGCCUUGUUGAUCAUGACUAGAAUUAUAGUCAAAAUGUAUGAUAUAAUGGAGAAUUGAACAGAUAGGUUGUACCUACAAAACGUUGUGGGUGCCAUAGUCCUUUAAUAAUAUGUGCAGAUAGUUUGCAGGACUUCAUGGAUUUGACAGAAACAGGCAAGAAAGUCUGUAGUUUAUUCUACUGCUAUUAGUUCAGCAUUUGGAGUGUGUUGUCUCCCUUUAGUCUCCCAUAAACUUGAUUGUUUCAUUGUCUUCCCAUGUUUUAUAAAGAUAAGGGUAAAAAUAUUUUGUUAAUUGUAUGAAAUAAGAAAUAGUUCAUUGUAUGCUUGAGAUUAGUAUAUAGUCUUAUCAUAGCUGCUGACUGCAUCCAUAUUAAAAAGAGCUGUCUCCUUUUAGUCUCCAGGAAUAUUAUAUAAGAGUUGUCCCCCUUCAGUCUCCCGGGAUGUUUAUAUACACUAUUUGUAAAAUAGUUAUUGUUCCACUCCAACCAGAAACAAGAUGGAGUAAUGGGGUUUAACUUCCACUCAGCACAAACCAGGUUAUUUUGGGACUAACAUGGUUCAAUUCCAUUUAAAUAAUUCACUUAAGUCAAGUGUAGGAGGCUUUUUGCUGUGCAAGGAAACAAGAAGACCUGGAGAAAACCCACGAGGUUGGAUGAACGAUCCCAAUCCUUGCCACAUACAAGUGUGAAAUCGAAACCACGUCACUUGAUUCAGUGACAGAACCUAUGAUCUAAAGCACACUUGUUACACCAUUAGACACCCUACACUCCAACAAGUAUAACAAAAUUUCCAAUGAUAAAUCUUCUGAAAUGAUAAUUGUUACAUUUAAAUCUAUAUAUAUUAAAUUACAAUCAAAAAGGUGAAUAUUAGUUUUGUUAUUAUGUACAUGUAUUAUAAUUU